UCCUCUCUUGUCUGAUUGCUUCCUAGGCAGCAUCUCUUCUCCUUGUUCCCCGAGGUCAUCCAAUUACAUCACCCUCUUCUUCAGAAUAUUCCUCUCCUCACAAGUUCCCAAAGAAAAUAGAUUAUGAGUUAUGAGAAUGAAAUGUAGUGGUAUUGUUCCCCUCUUCUCCUGACAACUCCGUGUGAUCACACAAGAAAUCCCGUAAACUAUUUGCUCCUUUGGGAAUCUACUGAUCUUGUACACCUUGUAUGACUGAUAUGAAAGGAGUUGAUUCAUUGUCCCCUACGCAAUGUCUUAGUAUACUCAAAACUCCCUUCAUCCCAGAGAAGAGCUCCUCCUCUUUGUUUUGUCAUGUUUUACUACACAGAUGAAUAAUCAGAAAUGGAGAACCAAACUGAUUUUAUUUUGCUUGGACUUUCCAGUGAUCCUCAACUACAGAACUGGUUCUUCUUGAUCUUUUCAAUCAUUUUUCUCAUCACACUGUCAGGAAACAUCACAAUCAUUCUAAUAAUCAGAAUAGACCCUUCUCUCUCUGUACCCAUGUAUUAUUUUUUAUCUCAUUUGUCCUUUGUUGAUAUGUGUUACUCAACUAAUAUUAUUCCUAAAAUGUUAAUGGAUUUUCUUAUGAAACAAAGGACUGUUUCCUUCACUUUCUGCAUUUUACAGAUGUUUUGCACCCUUCUACUAGGAGUUACAGAGAUUUUCCUACUGUCAGCAAUGGCAUAUGAUAGAUACGCUGCAGUGUGUCACCCACUUCAUUACAUAAUGAUCAUGAAUAAAACAAUAUGCACUUACUUGAUUUUAGGAGCAUGGCUAAUAGGCUUGCUAUCUGCAACAAUAAACACAGUGCCCAUUUUUAAGUUACACUUCUGUGGCCUUCGUGAAAUUAAUCACUUCAGCUGUGAGCUUCCUCCAUUAUUGAAAGCAUCCUGUUCUGACACUUUUCUAAGUAAUGUGAUCCUUUUGUCUUUUGCUGCUAUGUGUGGACUUGGUUCCUUCUCACCAAUAUUGGUGUCUUAUGUUCAUAUUAUCUCCACCAUCAUGAAGAUCCAUUCUGCAGAGAGCAGAAGUAAAGCUUUUUCUACAUGCAGUUCCCAUCUCAUUGUGGUAGGUUUACAGUAUAUGACAGGAAUGUCCCAGUACAUGAAACCCAGCAAUGUUUCUUCUAUUAUACUGGAUGAGAUUAUCUCUAUUCAGUAUAACAUUUUGACCCCAAUGCUGAAUCCAAUUAUCUAUAGUUUGAAAAAUAAGGAAGUGAAGAGAGCACUUAAAGGAAUGUUUAAGCAAAAAAUAAAUACGUGAUCUAACUUAUUGUACCCAUUAGUUACAUAUGGAUACUUUAAAGAUGAGUCUGCUUAUUUUUGUGUUUGUAUAUGUAAAGAGGUAAGAAGAGGGUAAGAAAAGAGAAUUUGGUUUUACUGCUUAUAAAGUUCAUUAACAUUUGGAAAGUUUCAAUUUAUUUUAGCAGUGGUUUGCUCUCCAAGCUUGUUUCAUAUAGUUUCUGAAGGCUUUUUUUUUAAUCAAACUAGGUAACAUCAGCAGAAGGAUUUUCUUGUCCUAUUCUCCUUAGCUUAUAAAUGUCUUGUGUGCCAGUGUGGUCAGCUGGUUGUGCGAUUGGUUGUUUGUUUGGAGUUAUAUUUAAAUUCUGAGCAGCUGAUUGGUUCUCUUGUUGAUUGGUAGUUCAAAUGGUCUGGUUUCUUCAAUUUAUAUCCAGGAGAUAUAAGUAUACAAUGCAGAUGACUGCAAUCUGAUAAACUACAAUUCUUUUAGGACUCCCUAUGUCCAUUUUAUUUAGCCAACCUUAUUCUUUUGCAGGUUUCUUCUCCAAACUGUAUUUAAGCUGGUUAAAAUCUAGGGGAUUCCAAAACCAUGGUUUAAUGCUAAUGAAGGCAAAUAUAUGUGUCCCAGUAUAAUCUUGCAGGAUCUAAUCUGAGUCAGCCACCAGGACAAGAGACUUGUUCUUCCAAGCUUCCACACCCAUGCUGGAACUCAUUCUCAGGAAACUUCUCAAUCUCCAGGAUGUGUGGAAAUAUCCUGGAGAUUAGAAGUUCCCUGAAGAUGAGCUCCAGCACAGUUUGAAAGCUUGGAAAAAUAACUUCUGGUCCCAUUGACCAACCCAGAUUGUUUUUAUGUUGUUUCCAUUAUAACUGUCCUUUUUUGUAAAGUUUACCUGUUUUCUAUUUCAAUUUUAAGUAUAUUUUGCCAAGAUUGUUUUCUGGGUGACAUCAUUAAUACAUUAAUCAGCAUGGCUUUAUAUAUUUUCUUCCUUUUGAACAACUCCUUUUCUGAACACCAGCAUCAUUUAUUAACUAGUACUUGAACAGGAGACCAAAAAACUCCAUGGCUGGAAAGAUGGGGGAGAGAUUCUGAAAUCUAGCAAAAUAUUGCUAAAUGUAUUUAUGCAUCUAAGUCACUAGAAAACCAGAAUAACACAAUGAUGUCCUUGUCAGUAAAGGCAGGAAAUGGUACUUAUUGACUAAAUUAGUAGCAAAUAUAGAAUUUUUUAGAAGGAAGUAUAUGCUGUCACACUUAAAAUAAUGAAUAGCACAACAAUUCAUAAAUUCAGCUUUCAUCUUCCAAACAUAGCUGCACUUACAUCAUGCUGUUCUUAGAAAAUUCACAUGCAACAUACGAAGUUUAUUUUAAAUAUGACAUGACUUUUCUUUGGGUGCAGUAUAUUACAAACAUGCAAUAAACUACUUCUCCCCCCCUCCUCCUCCAUCACUGGAGGUUUUUAAGAAGAGAUUAGACAACUAUUUGUCUGAAAUAGUAUACAGUCUCCUGCUUGAGCAGGGGGUUGGGCUAGAAGAUUUCCAAGUACCUUCCAAUUCUGUGAGUUUUAUAUCCUGUUUCACUCUUCAUUUUUGUUCUGUUUAUGUUUCAAGUUCUUUAAUGCUUAUCUUCUCCCCGAGUUAUGCGCUUAGGAUAAAAAAUACAGUAAGAAAGAUUUAUUUUGAGAUGUCAGUGUUUUUGAACUUAAUAUGAAAUGGAAUGUCAGAUUUUAUUUCAAGUUGAUUAUAAAGCUUCAGGAAAAUAAAAUAUUUUAUUCUAUGUCAUUCAUUCACUAAUUGUUUAAAAUAGAAUUUGGUUACUGCUUGACACUUGCAAGACUUUAAAUGGUUCACAGAAUUUACAGUGUAAAUGUAAAACUGUAGAUUUCAGAAAAUAAAAUG